CCACCUGGUUAUCUUCUGAUGCUUGAAUUAUAAUUUUAUAACAUGCGAUAGUAAAUGACAUAUAAAUGUUCUUCAAAACAUAUGUCAGAGUAGGUUUGUCACUGGAGGAAAAGGAAGAAUGGAUCUUAAAGCAAUUAGUGUGAUUCUUCUGUUGAGCGUGGCGUUUGCCUCUGCCGCGUCGAAGGAUCGCAACAACAAGAAGUAUAGGGUGGUAUGUUACCUUGGAAGUUGGGCAAACUACAGGCCUGGAGAUGGACAAUUCUCAAUCGAGCAUAUUGAUCCUUUCCUUUGUACUCACGUCAUAUAUGCAUUUGCUAAAUUAGCUGACAACAAGAUAGAUGCUUACGAUCCAUAUCUGGAUUUGAAAGAAAACUGGGGACUUGGAGCAUACCAGCGAUUCAACGCUCUUAAAAAGGCGAAUCCCAACUUGACAACACUUAUUGCUAUCGGAGGAUGGGAUGAGGGCUCCAAAAAAUAUUCAGCAAUGGCUGCCGACCCAGCUGCCCGAGCAACAUUCAUCAAAAGUGUCAUCAGUUUCUGUGAGAAAUAUGGAUUUGAUGGACUUGAUGUGGAUUGGGAAUAUCCAGCCAACCGUGGUGGAAAACCUGAGGAUAAGGAGAACUUUGCUGUUUUGCUGAGAGAAUUGAAAGCUGCGUUUGCAUCUAAUGGGUAUCUCUUAACAGCCGCUGUAUCUGCAGGAGUCAAAACAAUGGAAACCGCGUAUAACAUCCCUGAAAUCUCCAAAUACCUCGAUUUCAUUAACGUUAUGGCAUACGAUUUUCAUGGAUCAUGGGAUGAAGUUGUUGGUCACAAUGCUCCAAUGCGUGUCAGACCAGAAGAAAAAGAUGGUCAAAGGACACUGAAUGUUGAAUAUGCCAUCAAUUACUGGAUUAACAAAGGAGCUCCGAGAAACAAAAUAGUUUUGGGAAUGGGGCUUUAUGGAACAUCCUUCACUUUAACUGAUCCAUCCAAAACUGAUCUUGGUUCUCCAGCUAAAGGACCCGGUAGAGCAGGUCCCAUAACCAAAAAAGACGGAAUGUUAGGAUUCAAUGAAAUCUGCUUGAAUCUUAAACAAGGAUGGAAGGAAGUGGUCCCAGCUAAAGUAGACGCUCCAUAUGCAUAUUCAGGAGAUCAAUGGGUUGGAUAUGAUGACAAAAAGAGCAUUGGAAUUAAGGUUGACUAUUUAAUCAAAGAAGGACUGGGAGGAGGAAUGGUUUGGUCAUUGGAGACUGAUGAUUUCCGAGGAAAUUGCUACGGCGAAAAAUUUCCACUUUUGUCACAAAUUUACACAAAACUUAACGGCCCUGUUGUCAAACCUACCAUUAACCCAAACAUUAAGCCAACAGUUGGACCAAAACCUACUGAAACACCUAAAGAAUUUACUUGUCCAAGUGAAGGUUACUUCAGAGAUCCUCAUAAUUGCUCAGUCUUCUACUAUUGCGUACAAGUAAGCAAAGGUGAAUUGGUUAGGCAUACCUACAACUGCGGAGAGGAUUCAGCUUUUGAUGAAGCUUUAAAAACGUGCGUUUUGAGGAAGAAUGUUCCAGGCUGUUAAUAUUGAGCGGUUUGAAGUUGUUAAAUAAAAGUUUUUAAGUUAUA